AUGCUUAUCUUGAUCUCAUUGUGCCUUUCAACUUUAUGGCUUUCAUUUUCCAAUGCUCAAGCGAUCUACAAGAAUGCCACGACGACCAAAUUUGUUCCAAAAGCCAAUUAUAGCUAUGGUUACAACGAAAACUACGCCACCACCGUAAGGCUGUUAAUCCCACCAACUCCAAAAGCCUAUUACUUUGAUUCCCGUGCGAAUCCACACAUAAUCAGCUACAAUUUGACGAUCAUGAAGGGCGACUCGUGCACGAUUCGAGAAGGGGUCAUUAUGAGAUUCAAGAACAAUACGGGAAUCAUUGUCUAUGGAGAUCCGGACGAUCCAGUGAUUCUUGAAGCCGAUGAUGAAACGUGGCACGGGUUGCUCAUUUUUGCACACGAUUUGGUCUCCUUGAGAAAUGUGGAGAUUAAACAAUCGUCGUAUGGUGUAACCGUUCGCAAUUCCACCAAAAUCCCACUUUUCGAUGGAGUUUAUGCGACAAAGAAUAGCAAUGGCUUUAGUUUUGAGGAGCUGUUCACAUUUGGCGCUCCACCGUAUGUGAUCAAAAAUUGUCAUGCUUCCGAGUCAAAGAUUUCUGGUUUUCGGAUUCAAAACACGUUUGCCGAUUUCAUUUUUGAGAAUUGCUCCUCAAAUCUAAAUGAAGGGGCCGGCUUUACGAUAUACAAUGCUGUCAAUAAAAUUGCCCUAAAAUCUACAACAAUUGCGUCAAAUUACGGUCAUGGGAUCUUGUACACGAAAGAUGUCGGUGCUUUUGGUUUUUCUAAUGGGAGUUCGGUGUUGACGAUUGUGGAUUCGGAGAUCACAAAGAAUCUUUAUGGAAUAAUCAUUUCGAAAGUUUUGCAAGAUCAAUCACAUCAUAAAUCUGUCGACCGUCUGACAGUGAGAAUCAUUUCAACAACUUUUUCCAAUCACAUCAUGCCGGCUGUGUCCUUUGAUAAAUGUUUCCCGUGUUUUCUCAAAAUAACUACUUCGACGUUCCGAGAAAACACAGCAGGGAUUCUCAUUUCCAAGGACAACUCUGGGAUUGGUUUGGACAUACAGAACUCGUUUUUUGUCUCGAAUCAAGCAAGAGUUUUCAUUGAAAAUAAUACUUUUGCGAACAAUACGGAGUUUAACGCGGCGCCCAAGAGUUCGCUCAUCGAUUUGAUUUACACGGAUUCUUCUGCAGUGCGAAAUUUCGCAAUCACUGACAACAUUUUCAACGGCAACACCGCAAAAUAUAUUGCACGAGUUUUCGAAAAAGACGAAGAGAUGAGUGUUUCCGUUUCACGAAAACGACACGAAAUUGCCAAGAAUCAUUUCAACAACAAUACCGGCUGGAGUCUGAUAUUUGCAUCGGUUGCACUCACAGAUAUCUUUGGGAACACUUUUCAGAGCAAGGAAAUGAAAUGUGACAUUACGACGAAUGAACCGAGGAAACCGAAUUGGCUUGAUUUGCAAAAGAAUGAGUUUAUCGCGUUUCCGGAUAACCUUAUAUCCCUACGAGCCGCGAUGUCUUUACUUGUGAAAUUCGAAUCAAAGUCGGCUAGGGUGAAAGGAAUCUCGUUUCAUCCGACUCGGCCA